UCCGAUGUUAAAUAAUUUAAUUUAAAAUUAAUAUAUUUGUUUUUAUAAGCAAUCACCAGUCUGUAUGCCAAUAAUUGUUUUCAAUAUUUAUGCUUAGUCCUUUUUAGCCGCGACUUGGUGAUUGCUAGUAACAGUCACUUAUCGCUUGAUCGUGAUCGUCAAUUUAAAACCGGCAUGGCCGCAACUCGAAUUCAAACGGCCAUUAAAUUGCUGCUCCAAGAGGCCGAGGAGCUUUGUAUUGGGAGUCAAAUUGCAGAACUUGAUCGGAUACCCAGUGCCUUGGAAUUUUCCCGCGACUAUUAUGCGAAAAAUACACCUGUUGUCAUACGCAAGGCAAUCUCCUGGCCAGCCCUGACCAAAUGGACCCCAGAUUAUCUCGUCCAGACACUAAAUGACAAAAAUGUGGAUGUAGCUGUUACACCCAACGGAUAUGCCGAUGGUCUGGCCACUCAAGAGGGCAAGGAGUACUUUGUACUGCCGUUGGAAACCCAAAUGAAGCUAUCCGAAUUGUUAAACAAACUAGAUGAUCCCAUGGGAGCUAUUUACUAUAUACAAAAACAAAACUCCAAUUUCAGUUUGGAUUUUCCCGAACUGGCCGAAGACAUACGACAAGAAGAUUUGGAUUUUGCCCAACAAUGCUUUAAUAAGCCGCCAGAUGCAGUUAAUUUCUGGUUAGGCGAUGAGCGUGCCAUUACCUCCAUGCACAAAGAUCCCUAUGAGAAUCUAUAUUGCGUGGUAGCUGGUCACAAGGAUUUCAUUUUAAUUCCUCCUCAUCAAUUAAGCUGUGUGCCGCGUAAAACUUAUCCCACUGGUAUCUAUAAAAGAAAACCAUGUGGUCAAUUCUAUAUAGAUCCCAUCGCCGAUGAGGCAACCGAAUGGGUCAGCAUUGAUCCACUAGCUCCGGAUUAUGCCAACUAUCCGGAAUAUGCAAAGGCCAAGCCUUUGAAAGUACGUGUUAAUGCUGGGGAUAUAUUGUAUUUACCCAACUAUUGGUUCCAUCAUGUCCAACAGAGUCACAAGUGCAUAGCCAUUAAUUUCUGGUAUGAUAUGGAGUAUGAUAGUCGCUAUUGUUACUACCGCAUGUUGGAGGAGUUGACUGCCAAGCGGUGAAAAUUUAAGAGAUUAAUAAAGUCUAUUUAUAUGAACUACAAA